UCUGCGCCAUCAAUUUCAAUGGUAAAACAGUGAUUUACUGAAUUUCGUUCUGGCCGUACAAGCAUGAGAGAUGACGAACAUUCUGGAGGCUCAGUUGAGGUUCCUACACCCGAAACGAUUGAACAAAUUCACGAUAUGGUGUUGGCCGAUCGAAGACUGAAGGUGCGGGAGAUUGUAAAAGCGAUAGGCGUAUCACAUGGCUCAAUGGUUUCGAUUAUGAAGGAUCACUUGGGUAUGAGGAAGCUAUCCACAAGGUGUGGAGACUUGGCUCACCUCAAAUGCCGCUUGAGCAAAGCUGUUGUUUGGCAUAAAAGAUUUGUGACGUAUCUCAGAAAACGUACUCCAGCCCGCCGCAAGCCUGAGGCUACUAUAACUUAGCAGGCGGAGAGGUAGACGC